AUGAAGAAAUCUCCUGGCCAGCCGGAGGCGUCACUCCGUCAAAGCGAAUCCGAACCGGGGGGUAGUUUCCCUGAAAGGCAUCUAUACAAACCUGCCGUUACCAAAGAUAGCCACGGGUAUUUUAGGGAAGCCUUGAGUGGGGCUGGAGAUCCCGAAGGCUUGCGUGGACUCUACAACACCUAUAGCCAGCAGUACGGGCAUGCAAACAACUUCGGCCACCCGCACAACCCGACCAUCGGACUUGAGGAGCAGAGGCCCAACUCGUACGAUCCACAUCAUUCGGCGCAGUCGCCGCAGUUCGACUUCCCGAGCAACAACACCAUUCUGCGUGGCAUCAAGAAUGACGUUGAGCACACUAGCUUCCCCUGUCAAGACCACGAAUUCAGGAGUGCGGAACCUUCGCAGAUCUAUAUGACGCAUCGUGGGUCCUUCUCCAUCGAAGCUCCCCUGUCUGCGUCCAUGUCAUCGUUUCCACAGCCGUCAUCGAGACACAGCAGUGCACCACCGCAGGCGGCUGGGCAUUAUGGACCGUUUCUUGGUCGCUUCAAGGACUCUGCCGAUGCCAAACUACACCGCCGUACCAGAAUGCGCUUUGGUCGCAUGCCUUGGAGAGACCCCAAAGAAGACCCGACCAUUGCAGACAUCGAGCUCCACCGCACGAAGCAUGUAGAACGUAUCUACAACGCGAUGAUCUGUGGUGAAUUCGCCAGAGACAACGCCAAGUCCACUGCACUGAAGCGGUGGGUUCACGAACCACAUUACCAGUCGGACCUAGUUGAGGCAUACGCUCACAAGCUGUUCGAUUGCUUGCUUGAGCAGGUCAAAGAAGGCUUCCGUGGAUGGCACCAGAACGACUACGUUAACGACGAGCGCAAGGGUGAAGAUGAUGACAAAGACAUCGAUUGUGCGGGUCGAUUGGACAACAUCAUCACUGCAUUGCAGCAAGAAAAGUCGAUAUGCGAAAACGUCAUGAGCUCCGCGUGGCAGAUCCGAAUGUUUGUCAAUGCGCCCAAGGCCUACUCCAAGAGAAAGGACCAGAACCGGGUCGGUAAUAGUAAACGUCCAAAUGCCAGGAGCAGUGAAGUGCCUGAUCACAACCCGCGGGCAGCGAAGAGACCAAGGGUUAAACAGACACGAACUCAGCCGUCUGCUGAGAUGCCACUUCCGCGAAAUACGCCCCCGCAGCGCCCAUACGAGCCGAGCGGGCUGCCAUACUUCACCACUCCGGCUACGCAGCGGUCCAUCCAGAGUCCUCCAACAUCGGCCUUUCGCGCACCACAGGCGCCAUCGAUGCUACCCUCAUCACGUCCAAGUGUUAGCUCGCUCGGCCAAGGUCAACUGAACUUGAUGUCACCACCUGGUCUGUCGUUGCAAGCAAUUCUUCGUACCCCACAGUUGCGCGCGCAGACACAGUCGAUCAUGCGCGUUCCUUCUCUUCCUCCCGUUGAGCAGUUCCCCUUUUCGCCGUCCACCGUCCCCUACAGCAACUUCCCUGCUUCACCCACGCCUGGCGAUGUAAAGCCUGCACAUCCCGAUCAGAACUUCAACUCCUGGCCACACACCACUGCCGUGGGCGACUUCCCAUAUGGUAUCUAUCCAAACAUGAACCCAGUUGAGAGUUCACAGUUUCCAGCAAUCGAGGACUGGCAGCAUGGGGUCUUCGAUUUUCCCACCAGUAUCACCCCCGAGAACGCCAACCUUUUCGCGCAUCAUCCCGAGAUGGGUGUGAGCCUUUGCGACGUAGAGGGCCUCCCAUCGAAUCCGGAAGAUGAUGUCGCGCUCGAUCGUCAAUUCCAGAUCUUUUGGGAGCAGCAGCAGCAGCAGCGGGAUGUACAGCAGCAGCCACGCACUAAACCAUCCCCCAAGAGCCCGCAUCAGCGGUGA